AUGCCCCCGGUGGACAACGAUGGCACUCACCUCGACGACGAUCUCAUCUCACAGCCGAUAUCCGUCCCCGACUCUGGAGACGUUGGCGAAAGCGGGAAGCUCAAGAUGAUUAUGCAGCUCCUCAAGAAAGUCGUUGGUGUGAAGGAUAUUGCUUCGAUGCGAUUAUCCUUGCCGGCGUCACUACUGGAGCCCAUCCCUAACCUUGAGUACUGGCAUUACCUGGAUCGCCCGGACCUCCUGGCGGCCAUAAACGACUCCGAUGAUCCAUUUGAACGCAUGCUUGCGGCCCUCCGAUUCGCAUUCUCCAAGGACCUUAAGUUCAUUCGAGGCAAAGUCUGCAAGCCAUACAACUCGGUCCUCGGCGAGCAUUUUCGCUCACACUGGGACGUGAUACCUGUAUCAUAUCCAUCGAACCCAACGGAACCACCCAUCCAACACCUGUAUCUCGUCCCUCCGGCAGCGGAAUCAACGUACACGUCCCUCGCGCCGACAUCCGCUCAAACGCCGCGUAUGUCGGUCUCUGAGACCGCUAGUGUUGCCAGCGGGCGCAGCAUGACAAGCGGAAAGAGUGGGAGCCUGGUAUCCAAGGCCGCAUCCACCCCAGGGAAGAGUACACCAGCGACGUCGCCCAGCCUCGUGGAAAUGAAUCCCGACGCAGACAUUUCCAAGCUCAGCCUCGAUGAUAAUGAUUCCAGCCGUGUGGAACUUGUAGAAGCAAACGAUGUACCCGAAACAGCAGGGAAACCGCGCGUGCGGAUCACAUAUCUUACUGAGCAAGUCUCGCACCAUCCACCAGUCUCUGCAUACUAUGCGAGCUGUCCGAGCCGGAACGUGGAGCUGUCGGGAAUCGACCAAAUUUCUGCGAAAGUAUCGGGGACGACGCUGCGCAUCGUCCCGGGAUCGCUGAAUAAAGGUUUGUUCGUCAAGUUGACCGGCGGCGCGGGUGCAGGGGAGACGUACCAUAUUACGCAUCCGAUUGGGUCUGUAAACGGCAUAUUCAGGGGCAGCUUCUACAUCACGAUGGGCGAAGCAACAAUCAUUACAUGCACUGGGGGCAAUGGAGGAGAGAAGCUCCGCGCGAUCAUUGAGUACAAGGAAGAGUCGUGGUUGGGCAAAGCGCAGUUCCUCGUCGAAGGAGUCAUUCACACAUACGACCCAGACGAGACGCAGUACAAGGACUGGACACGCGUUAAACACGUCCCGCGCUCGUGCAUACUGGCGACAUUCGACGGAUCGUGGAAGCACAAGAUCCGCUGGAAACGUGCCAAUACACCGACCUCUGAUUACGCCACUCUGAUUGACUUGUCAGGGUUGCACAUCAUCCCCAAGAGCGUGCGGCCGCUGGAGAAACAGCUUCCGAACGAGAGCAGGAAGCUGUGGGAGAACGUGACAACCAGACUGUUGGCAAAGGAAUAUGGAGAAGCGACCAAACACAAGUUGGCCAUAGAGCAACGACAAAGGGAUGAGGCUGCUGAGCGGAAGCGGAGAGGAAAUCAAUUUGUCCCGAAAUACUUUGAGAGUGAUUACGAGACUGGCAUCCCGAUUUUGACCGCAGAAGGACAGAAGGCCCUCGAGGAAGAGCUCAAGGAGGACAUCAUAUACCCGCUCGAGAGCAUCGAUGCUGCGCUGUCCACAUAG